AUGAGUGGUGGAGGACCUCAGUAUGAAGAGAGGACAUCACAUACAAGAAAAUUUAGAGCGAUAUUCAAUUUGAAUCACCUGGCUGCCAUUGGGACUACCAACAUCCUCCGGAUUCUUCUUGAACAUGUCCCGGCCUCAAACGUCAUCGCAGUGCUGUUCAGCAUUUUCCCACAAGAGCCGAAUACUGUGGUGAAUGUGAGCCCUGACGACUCGGAUGAUAGCAACGAUGUCAACGAUGAAAGCAAUGAUGGUGUGUCUGUUCCAGUUGGACAGAGUGGGCUUAGUGGGGAAAACUCCGAUAAUCUUGACCACUUCAAGGACACCGCACCUCUCUGUUCUCCGGACUUGGAUACCAGCAGUGACAUCCUUCUUUUCAACAACAUUCUCCUCUAUCGCGAUAUGCUAUUUUACUGGGAAUUUAGGUCGAGUAUCAAGGACAGCGAUAUCGGACGAACCUUUGAGGUAAUCAAGUGGCUUCGAGUGUGGUUUUUUGGAGCCAGUGCUACCAAUUAUGGUCAAGAGUUGCUGCAUCAAGCCCUUGAUCUCUGGUUCCACUUCACCGAAAAAAUGAAGAAUGCAGUUUUUAACAAUUAUGUCAUUAGCCCAUCUGGGAGGGGCGAUGGUUGCAGACGAGACCUGCUUCAAGAGCACAGCAACUUCUGGCUCAAGCAGGUUUUUAAUGGACACUUGGCCAAGAACUUGCCCAAACGAUUUUGCAAAAAUUUUGGCCUCACCAACAUAUUUUCAGGGCGCUUAAAAGCAGAUAUUGCAGUGGACAUCAACUUCCUUGGCCAUUCAUAUCUUACGCAGCGCCACCAUAUCUACCAGCCUGGCCAAGUUCAGUCUUUCUUGGCAGUGGACAGUAUUGAGCGAGGAUCUGCCAAGCUUGAAGAGGGGGCAUUACAGAAGUUUCUCGAUAAGCACUUCUAUCAAAAAUAA